AUGGAUACCCAGAGAGGAAAGAAAAGGCCUUUUUUUAAAUGGACGGAAGAUAAAAUGAGCCUUGCUAUAGACGCAGUAAAAAAUGUAGGCAUGUCCAAAAAAUGUGCAGCUAAAGAAUUUUGUGUUCCUAGAACAACCUUAAAGCGUAGACUUGAAAACAAUUGUCUUAAACGAAAAAUGGGUCCUAAAAUUAUUCUUUCAGAAGGCGAAGAGAAAUUAUUAGCUAAUUGGAUCUUGUCUAUGGGCAGAACGGGCUUUCCUGUUAAUGCAACAAAUCUACUCUCCACGGUGCAUAAAAUUAUGAAAGAAACUGGGAGGUCGACUGUUUUUAAAGAUGGGAUGCCCGGGAAAACUUGGUUCGCUGCUUUUCUUCGAAGACAUCCUGAGAUAAAAAAACGAAGAGCAGAGUCUAUUACAAAAUCAAGAGCUGCCGUCUCUAAAGCUGAUAUAGAAAAAUGGUUUAAUGAAAUUGAAAACUAUUUAAAAGAAGAAGGUAUGAUUGACAUACUAAAAUACCCAAAUAGGAUAUACAAUGCAGACGAAACCGGGUUUAGCAUUGAUCCUAAAUCUGGUAUUGUCCUUGGGCCGGCGAAAUUGGAAGAAGACUUUUAUGAGAGAAAAUCUAAUGCAGAAAAAGAGCAAAUAACUGUUAUGGCCUGUUUUUCAGCCGAUGGUAUCACAGUUCCACCAAUGGUCAUAUAUCCCAAUGUUGAUUACACCAAAUGUGUUUCCACUCGGCAAGUUGUAGAUCCUACAAAUCUAUCAGAUAUUAAAAACACAAUUAUUACAAAAGGGAAUAUAUUAUCCGAACUUGAGAAAAAAAUACCACCACUUGAAUUGAAUCAUUUCAGAACAAAUUUCGACAAUAAAGAUGACUGGAAGGGAGACUUACAAUUUAAGAAACUUUAUGAGGUUUGGGCAGAAUUUAAAAAUGAAGCUUUAUUAGUAACAAAUAAACAUAAACAUGUCACUGGGGAGGAUGACUCUAACUUAAUGGAAGGAAAUGAAGAAAUGUCAAUAUCGUUUUCAGUUCCAACAGCGUCAACUUCAACUCCAAACGGUAAGCAGAGAGAAGAGAGUGUAAUUCUUCCAAAUGAAGAACAGUCACAGAACGGGAACAGCACUAUUUUACAAGAUAAAAGUACUACUUCACUAAAUGUUUCAGAGUCAUUUCUUUCACCGGAUAAAUUAGAAAACGUUGCGCUGUAUAAGGACAAAGAAGACCAAGGAUAUGUGGUUAGCACUCCUUUCAAAAAAUGUCUCAUUUUUCCUAAGACUCCUGAAAAAGAACCACCCAAAAGAAAACGAAAAAUAUUUCCAGCAGUUGUAUCCACUACACUUUACAGGGCCCAUUAUGAUAAUAUAACGUCUAAAAGUGGCCCUUCAAAACAAUCACAAAUUAAAAUAAAAAAGCCUGCAGUAAAGAGAAAAGUAAUAAGCGAAUCUGAAUCUUCUGCCGAUGAUGUUCCUUACUGUGAUGAAGAUCUAGAUGCGAGUGAUGUUGAAAAUUAUACGAUCAAGAAUAUUCAUGAUGGAGAUUUUGUUAUUAUCAAAUACAAUGGAAAUCUUUAUCCAGGAAAAGUGAUAAAAGCUAACCAGGAAGGAGCAGAAGUUUCGUCAAUGGAAAAAGCAGGCUAUGACUGGAAUUGGCCAGAAAAAGAAGAUGUAUUAUUUUAUUUUUAUGAGGACAUUAAAAAGAUUAUAAGGGAACCAUUAGUUAAAGGCAAACGGGGUUAUUACUCAGUACCAGAACUAUCUAGUUUUCUUUAA